AUGGAGGUGUUCUCCAAUCAUGGCAACACUACAUUUUUUGAUGUGGCAUCCAAGUUUUUGGGAGAGUUUUUUGGAACGGCAAUGCUUAUGUUUCUUGGCUGUAUGGGAUGUCUGGAUGGGUUUGACAAUAUAACAAGCAAUUUUAGUAGAGGGCUCAUAUUUGGUUUCACAGUUAUGAUAGUGAUAGUUACAUUUGGUGCGGUUUCAGGUGCGCAUAUAAAUCCCGUCGUUUCUAUUGCCGCUUUUAUCUACGGAAACUUGUCGUUUCUGAUGAUGCCAAUAUACUUUGUUGCGCAGUUUGCCGGUGCAUUAUGUGGCUAUGGUUUAUUGAUGGGUGUUACUCCAAACUUAUAUUUCGAUAAAGCUCUAAUCGCGGGUCAUGGUAGUUGUGUGACCGCUCCUCACUCCAGUCUGUCUACCGGAGAGGCACUAGCAAUAGAGUUCAUAGUCACCGGAAUACUCAUCUGGGCUUGUUGCGGCGUUUGGGACCCCCGAAACGCCCAACACCAAGAUUCCGGACCAUUGAAGUUUGCGCUUCUUGUGGCAGCUAUUUCAGUUGCAGCAGGCCCUGCCACAGGUGCAAGUAUGAACCCAGCUAGAACAUUAGCGCCUUGUGUUUGGAACAGCAGUUAUCAUAAACUAUGGAUUUACUUUGUUGGUCCUCUCUUAGCUGGAGUGAUUAUGCCAAUUGCUUAUAAAUAUGUUUUUUAUAAGGAAGAGGUCAAAGUCAUCGAAGAACAAACAAUAGAACCCCGCGAACAAGUGUGUGUUUGUGUUUUUCACAAUAAUGAAACGCAGGAAGAAAAACAUAAAUGA